CGCUUCAACCUAUUCCAAACAAUUCCAACUUUUUUGUUCAUAAAAUAUUAUUUUACUCUUCGCACACACAAGCACACAUUUUUCCACUUGGUCUACCCACACUCAAGCCACGCACUCACAUAUUCACAGACAUUAUCCACAACAAUGGCCCCCGAAGAAGCGGCUGCGCCUGCAGUAAGCAGUUCAUACAGAAACAACGGCGAAAGACCCGCAGAUCCUGUUGCCGACAUUGACAUCAGCUUGGGCGACAACAAAGGCGAUGAUGGUAUCAAAACAGACAAGACAUACGCUCAAGUUGUUUCCGAACCCACUUGCAAAGAUGGCGCGCAGCAGCCAGAAAGUUCCACCGCUACUGCCCCUUCGGCAGACACAGACACAAAAACAGCCGGCAGUGAAGCUAACAAUGAGGCCGGUUCUGCCAACUUUGAAAUAAAAGUCGAUGCCGAAGGGGGGCUGGAUUCCCAUACUGUUUCUGCAAAAGAGGACGACACGAGCCAUGCAGUCGAAAAUAGUCAGUAUGAAGACGACUACACAUCAGACAGCUACACAGAAGACAACGAAUACAGCGACGAAUACGCCGAGGAGUCUAUAUUUUCCGACAGUAACUACAGUGGCAACAGUGACGCGGAUAACGACAGGGGCGACAGCCAGCCAGAUGAAAUCUCAGAUCAGGGCAGUGGCCACCACAACCCCACCGUUCAGCCUCAGCCUCAGCACCGCCAGCCCUGGAUCCUGUCCGACAAUGAGCCAGUGUCUGGAGCAGGCCAGGGAGUUUUUGACACACGUUUCAGCUCUCGCGCAACGAGCCCCACUCCGGCUGAUGCACUCAACACCACGCGGGCGACAAAUGCACUCGCGCCAUCGCAUCGCUUUGUGUCACAUACGCCGUGGGGGACUUCAACUGGAAGACUCACGCGCGGGCAGCGCGAUAAGGCCGGCUGUGGGAUGAUCCCACCGGCGGAGGAGGGUCUUUCGGGGCCAGAGUUUGUCCAGGACGAAUUCCCCAUCACUCGCAGCGCUGUACAGCCUAAUGGCGACAGUGAGCAGCUUUUACAGCAGCAACGCCAACAUAUGCCCAUGCCGCUUCAGCAGGAACAGGCAUGGCAAUCCAGCAUCAACGCCAACGCCACAGCCAACCGAGUGGUCAAUGUUGUGUCUGUUCACCAGGGCACCAAGGGAUACAGCCAGCUGGAGGAGCAAAUACAGCGCGAGCACGUUCUGCAGCAAGACACAAUCAAGGGCAAGCUGCUACAAGGUCAAAAUGCUCCGCGCAUCGUCACCAUUGCGCAGUUCAUCAAGUCCGUCUCGCGGCUGCUGGGAAUCGGCUUCCCCAGCGCCAGUUGCACCGAGGCGCGACUCACACUAGCCCUGGUGGCUGUGCUCGGAGUGCGCACAGUGCUCGAUGUGUGGUUUGCCAACUUCAACGCCCGCUGCGUGCGCGCGGUGGUCACAUACGACCGCAAGACGCUGCUGCGCCGGCUUCUGCCAGAGUACCUGGCCAUGACCCUGCCGAUGGCUGCUAUCAACCAGGCUAUCAAGUGGGUAAUCAGUUCGCUGACGAUUGCGCUGCGCGUACGACUCGGCCGCUACGCACACCAGCGGUAUGUGGACGGCAUCACCAAUAUCACAUGGAACCAGCUCCACCACCAGGGUCCCAACGGAUCGACACCAGCGUAUGAGCGGCCCGACUGGCUGCUGACGGUGCAAAUCCACCGCUUUGCAGACAUGUUCCCGCGGCUGAUUGCCGACGUGGUCAAGCCGACGAUGGACUGGUUUGUGUUCUCACGUCUGCUCAGCAAGGGGUCGCUCACAAUGGUGCUUUAUGUGGUCUUGGCCAAUAUAAUCAUCCGCGUGUCAUCUCCGCCCACAGGCAAGAACGCCAGUCGUUUGGCGCAGCUCGAGGAGAAGUACCGUGGUGUGUAUGCCCGGAUCUCGUCGAUCAUUCAGCGCGCUGCAGCUGCAAACCAGCGAUAUUCCCCUUCCGACCCGUCCCCGCACACUACGACCCCGCACGCGCCAGACAUGCGCAGCAACAACGCCAGGAACGGUCGGCAGCAGCCGGCGUUUGUGCCCCGUGUGCAGGCGGCGUUCAGGAAGAGGGCGCAAGAUGCCCUCGACGGUUCUUUGGACAGCGUCACAUCGAGCGUGGUUAGCACCAACAUCCGGCGCUUCUUUGGCGGUAUCGGCGAGUCCAUGCUGGCAAAGUAUGGUGCCACACUUACCGCAUACUACUUGCUAUCGCGGCCGCUGUGCUCGCCGGGCCGCCGCUUGGCUUCAGAGAUUAUGCACGACCCGCGGCUCUACUCGCGCAACUCGGCGUACCUAAUCAACUUGUCACAGGCCACCACUCGCCUGCUUCUGAUGGUCAACGACCUGCCCAAGUUUGUCUGGUCCACGGUCAAGGUCGACCGGUUACUGCGGUCGCUCGAC